GCAAACGUCCCAAAAUGGAACCUCAAGAAACAGAGCCACCACCUCGAAAACAACUUAGACAGCCUCCUUCUGUGCCUUUCGUUUGGGAAGAACGGCCUGGUUUUCCAAAGAAGAACUGGCAACCUUCACUUGCCACCUUCGUGCCUUCUCCUCCUCCUCUUCCUCCACCUAUACCAGUCCCGGUUAAGCUGGUCACAUCGGUUCCUUUCCGUUGGGAAGAGACCCCUGGUAAACCGGUCCCUUAUUCCACAAACGACCCACCUAAGCUUCCACAGCCACCUUCAGAAACCGUCACCACUACUCAUCCGUUACCACCUCCGGUUCCAGUUCCGGUUAAGCUGGUUACAUCGGUUCCAUUCGACUGGGAAGAAACUCCUGGACAACCGUACCCUUGCUUCGUUGAUUUCAACCCACCUGACCCGUUGGAUCAACCGCUGCCACCUCCACCCAUGUACGGUACUGGUGAGGAGGCUGAAACCAGCAGCGAUACUUAUGAUGACGCAAGCAGCGACUCCUUCAGCUCUGUACCCAUAUCAGGUGCUAUUGCUGCGGAUGACAACCUGACAUCUCCAGGUUAUGAAUCUGAUGACAGUACGAGCAGUUACAUGACAGGAGCUUCCAGCCUCGUGGGAGCUUCCUUCUUGGAAAAGCUUUUUCCACGUCUUCUCCCACAUGAAAAGGCUGAAGCUGCUGGUUCUACUGAGGGUUUUCAGGACUCUACUCGUCCAUUGCACGAAGAGGUGAAGCUUACUGCAGAUUCAGAUGAAAUGAACAUUGGCUUUCCGGUGAAGAUGCCGCAGACACUAGGGGAGCUGAUAAUGCUGAGUAGAAAGAGAAGCUAUAUGAGAAGAGCUGUUGCAAUAAGAAAACACAAUCCUUCCAUGGGAUUUACAGUGAAUGGAGCUGAGAGGUUCUGCAUCAAAAUGAAAGAAGGACAUGAGUGGGAAAAAUACCAACCGAGGCUGAAGCUUGUUUAGAAGAAAAUUCUUAUUAAAACUAUGAACUUGUAUUGUAAAAAAAAAAAAAAAAACUAUGAACUUGUAUUUGUACAAAUAGAUGCGAUAUUGAACUCCCAAGCUCUUUCUUAUGCAA